AUGGUAUAUGAGUUUUAUGGGAAUCAAAAGAGCUUUGGCAAGGGGCUUGAGAGAGGACUGGCCUUGGCCCAGGUGCUCUUUUUCUACGUGAAGUACCUGGUGCUCUUUGGCAUCCCAGCUCUGCUCAUGCGCCUGGAUGGACUCACGCCGCCGCCUCUCCCUCGCUGUGUCAGCACGAUGUUCAGUUUCACGGGCAUGUGGAGGUAUUUUGACGUCGGCCUCCAUGAUUUCUUAAUCAGGUAUGUGUACAUUCCAGUGGGCGGGUCCCAACACGGCCUGCUGGGGACACUGUUUUCCACGGCGAUGACUUUUGCAUUUGUGAGCUACUGGCAUGGUGGGCACGACUACCUCUGGUGCUGGGCAGCGCUCAACUGGCUGGGAGUCACGGUGGAGAAUGGAGUCCGGAGGCUGGUGGAGACCCCGUGCAUCCAGGACAGCCUGGUCCAGUUCCUCUCCCCACGGGCUCGCCGUCGCUUCCACGCUGCCCUAGCCUCGUGCUCCACCUCCAUGCUCAUCCUGUCCAACCUGGUGUUUCUUGGGGGCAACCAAGUUGGGAAGAUCUACUGGAAUAGGAUCUUCAUACAAGGCUGGCCGUGGGUGACCCUCUCUGUCCUGGGAUUCCUGUACUGCUACUCCCACGUGGGCAUUGCCUGGGCCCAGACAUAUUCCAUGAACUAACGCCGCCGGGCCCAGGCCAGCCCUUGCUGUCAGCUUCCAACGCAAAUGGUGCUUCUCCCUGACCUCACGCCCCAAGAUAACCUCCAGGGGACCAGUGCUUGAUCUGCUCUUUGGUUGAAGUUACUUCCAAGACCAGAAGCUUGAGACUCGACAACCAGAGAGUCUUCUAACUUUGGGAACCUAGAGAUCGUCUCCCCCACCAUCAUCUUCCCGUUGGGUGAGCUGGGUCCAGAGCAGUAGAGUGUCUCGCCCAGCUGCACAUCGUGACACUGUGGGCCCAGACCCAAGGCCCGUUGGGUUCUUUCUCCUUUACCAUGAAUUAAACGCAAUGGACAUUUCUUGAUUGAGACACAGCAAUCCUGACUAGUGACAGGCCCGUCCUCCACUGGCCAAUAUUUCUGAAACAUCUUGGUGACAUUUACGAGAACCUGCCCCAUGUCCUGCAGUGUGAUCUCUGGAACCAGCGCUGGGGUUUGAGCUAUACCUUUUCCCUCCUCUGCAGGGAGGCGACAGUGGCAGCUGUGUUUCUAAUCCCCCAGAAAAGUAGACAGAAUAUGCUCUGUCACGUUCCAAGGAGUCGGUACCCAAGGAGACCUGCUAUUUGAACUUCCUCGGGGCGAUCUCCACUUGGCGGCUUGUUCCCCAGAUUUGCAGAGAAGUACAAACAGGCAGUGCCUCCACCCGACAGUGAAUCGUUCCACGUGGAGAAGCAGCAUUUCAGAGCCAGGGAAUAGCGUAUCCGCAGGCCGGUGCUACCAGGCAAGUUACAAAGGGUAAGGAUGGCUUCCCGUGUCUCUCCUCUCUCCACGCCAGUCCCAGCGUCAUCUCCCCACUUAGCGGUUUACGUUCGUGGUUUACUCUGUUUUGUUUCAAAUAAAAUGGAGCUUUUUCUAUCACACA